GGUUACCCCAGCCCCUCGAGCGUAGGUGCCUCUCUUUCGUUCGCCUGGUGCCGUCUCUUUCUGCGAGGGGGAGGGAUCUUGCGCACGUAUAUGAAUAAUUCAACUGAUCGCCGUGGUGAUUGGGGGAUGAACGGAGUACUGGUUUGUCCGUUCCUCGGAGGUGCGGAAUGCACAGAUCGUAGUUCUGAUACCCAUUCAUUUCGAGGAAAUUUAUUCAGGAACGUCACGGUAUUUGCAUAAGUGAAAUCGUAUCUCACAGUUAGCAGCCUGUAUCGUAGAUUGAUUACUAAAAUACUUUUCUAAAUAAUCUGCACUAAGAUAUAGUUCAGAUUGCGUAAGAUCGGCACACUAACACGACAGCCAAACACACACACACACACAAACACACAGAGAGACCGCAAUGGAAAAAUGGGAAAUUUUUUGCUGUGGUUGUUGUUGCGGCGGCAAUGGUGGUUGCUCGAUAUACCGAUAUAUACCUGCCCCGGCACCCUUAAAGGCGCGCCUGUGUGCGUAGGUAGCCAACCACACCACCAUACCGCCCAGGAUAAUGGGCGGGAAAGAGACGGCGCUAGCGCCGUGCAAGUGGGACGGGGCACAAACGCCGGCAGAGCCGUCGACAGAGGCGGCGAGCAGCGCAUUCCACUUUAAAUACUGCCAACGAUCGCAGCAGAGAAUCAGUUCACUCAGCGACUUUAGCGUGUCGAGAACGCACAGAGAAAUAUAUCGUUUUCGACUUUGGAAAACAGAAACAGGCUCGAAAGAAGCAGAGUUCGAAAUCGCGAAACAAUCCAAUAACAACAAACAAACGAAUUUUUUCCAAGUGACCCCCGAUAAAGUGAAGUGCAUACCGAGAAUCCGCAAUAGAAAACCGGCAAUUGUCGACAGCCCCAGGAUUACGGCUACGAUUUCCACAUUCGGAUACGAGAUGCAUCUGCCAGCGGGUCCAACGAUGGUGGCCAACAACACACAGGUCCUGGCCGCUGCCGCCGCCGCAGCAGCCGCCGCAGCGGCCGCGGUAGCCCAGGGUCCUGGGCCGCAGCAGAGUAGCAAUGCCACCACCGCCUCCGCAAUCGCCAUCAAUCCCGCCCAGAGUCUGGCCAACACGAGCACCCACUCGGCCAGCAGCACGGGCAGCUCCACACCAGAUCUCAGCACGAACAACACCAGCUCGAGCAGCAACGCCACCACCAGUCCGCAGAACUCCGCCAAGAUGCCCAGCUCGAUGACCGACAUGUUCGCCAGCCUGCACGAGAUGCUGCAGGAGUAUCACGGCGAGCUGGCCCAGACCGGAUCGCCCUCGAUCCUCUGCAGCGCCCUGCCCAAUCACUGGCGGUCGAACAAGUCGCUGCCCGGAGCCUUCAAGGUGAUCGCCCUGGACGACGUGCCCGAUGGCACCCUGGUGUCCAUCAAGUGCGGCAACGACGAAAACUACUGCGGCGAGCUGAGGAACUGCACCACGACCAUGAAGAACCAGGUGGCCAAGUUCAACGAUCUGCGCUUCGUGGGACGAUCGGGACGCGGCAAGUCCUUCACGCUGACCAUCACCAUUGCCACCUAUCCGGUGCAGAUCGCCAGCUACAGCAAAGCCAUCAAGGUGACCGUCGACGGGCCACGGGAGCCAAGAAGUAAGCAAAGCUAUGGCUAUCCCCAUCCCGGCGCGUUUAACCCGUUCAUGCUGAAUCCCGCUUGGCUGGAUGCGGCGUACAUGACCUACGGCUAUGCGGACUACUUCCGCCACCAGGCAGCCGCCCAGGCGGCCCAGGUGCAUCAUCCGGCACUGGCCAAGUCCUCGGCUUCCUCGGUGUCGCCAAAUCCCAAUCCAUCGGUGGCCACCAGCUCCUCGUCGGCGGUUCAGCCAUCUGAGUAUCCCCAUCCGGCGGCAGCAGUGGCAGCGGCGGCGGGACAACCGGCGGCCAUGAUGCCAUCGCCACCGGGAGCGGCGCCUGCCACGCCCUAUGCCAUUCCGCAGUUCCCAUUCAACCAUGUGGCCGCCGCAGCCGCCGCCAAGGCAGCCACGCCACACGCCUUCCAUCCGUAUAACUUUGCCGCGGCAGCUGGCUUGCGGGCCCGCAAUGCUGCCCUGCACCACCAGAGCGAGCCGGUCCACGUCAGCCCCGCCUCCUCCAGGCCCUCCAGCUCCUCGCCCACCCAGCAACACGUCCUGCUGAAGCUAAACACCUCCAUCGAGACGAGCUCCAUCCACGAGCAGUCCGCCAGUGACGGCGACUCCGACGACGAGCAGAUCGACGUGGUCAAAUCGGAGUUCGACCUGGACAAGAGCCUGGAUGUGGCGCCACUUCGCAUGCGCUGCGACCUGAAGGCGCCCUCGGCCAUGAAGCCGCUCUACCACGAGAGCGGUCCUGGAGCGGUAGCCAACAGCCGCCAGCCGUCGCCGGAAACGACCACCAAGAUCAAGAGCGCCGCCGUGCAGCAGAAGACCGUGUGGCGGCCCUACUAGGGCAUCUGAUCCCCAAAAAUCUGGAGGAAUGAAGAAAACAAAGUGAUAUAACAGCGGCGACGCAGAGCGGCAAGCGGGCAAAAAUUAUAAUUGUGAUAUAGUGUUAUAAGUUACGACGCCUCCGGCCGGCAAACGGAGCAGCCUCAUCAGUGGGAUAGAAGGAUAAACGGCAGCGGGAGCAGCAGCAUCAACUAGCUGAGCAAAAGUUAUGGAUAGAGGAUAAUGGAUAAUGGAUAUAGGACAAAGGACCCCAAUCCUGGAAAUCAGACUCCGGCGAAGUUUUAUGCUCGGACUCAUAAAAUCGUGCGACGAGUUUGAAUCACAGGCCCUCGAUUUUCACCAGGAUUUUUUACAAAUCCCAGCAGAAAACACGAAAACUCAAAAACUCAGCCCAAAAAGAAAAUACCAAGAAAGCAAACUUUAGUUCAAUUUCAUUUCAACACAAAACAACAACAACACAAUUUGUACAUAGCUAACUAGUUGUAACACUCAUAACUUUUUUUUUUUGAGAACCUAUUUUUUUCGAUGGAUAAUAUGCGAAUUUAGCUAUUUUUAAUCAUUAUGUUUAACUAGUCGUCUAAGCGAGAAAUCAAUUUUUUUGUCUAGCCAUAAGUUUUAGCGCGAAAAGAGAUCUAACACAAAAAUCGAAUUUGAAACAAAACCAAAUAAAAAACAAAAAUCACACAC